GGAUAUUAUCACAAAAAGGACUAAUGAGCUUCGGGCCAUGUGAGUGACCUGACUCUCUGGAAGGCACUUUUAGACGUAAGCAAAACACAAUCAACCAUGCAGAACAAUGGCUUGUUUGUGUAGGAGCAUUCACGUGGUUUGUGUACGGUGAUGAUGAGAACUGCCUCCCAAACAAUCCCUCCGUCGCUUGAGACGGGAGUAAUAGGGUAGCCUCUCUGGGGUAAAGUAAACUCCACCCUUUGGAACUUAGAUCUGUAUCAACAAUGCGUGCUGCGGAAAACAUGUGAUACUUUCAAGUGCACGGAACAGGGGUUAAAGCAACACAAACACGGUAUUGAAAGAGCAAGGGCGCUUCUGGGGUCCCUCCCGAACAGCAGUGCAAGACAAGAACGUCUCCGCUACAGUCGCAGCGCCUGCCGUUCCUUAACGUGAAACAGGACUGCACCUCGGGAUGAUUUCUGGGAUUCUGGCCGGCUGUUUGGUGGUGUUGGUGGUGGCCAUUUUGGUACAGGCUGUCGGCAGGAAACGAGACCCGAAUGAACCUCCCCUUGAGUCUGGUCCCGUGCCCUACCUCGGGGUGGCGCUACAAUUUGCCAUGGACAGUCUCAAAUUCAUCCGCUCGCGACAGAAGAAGUACGGAGACGUCUUUACGGUGAAGCUUGCCGGAAAGUACACGACAUUUGUCCUUGACCCGCACUCCUACAGCGACGUCAUGCGACAGCACAAGAUUCUUGAUUUCAAAACCGUGGGGAUGGACAUAGUAGAGCGUGGAUUUGGGACGACGCACUUCGAAAAGACGGGCCGCGCGCACGUGCUGCACACCGCUGACGCCUACUUCCCUGUCCACCUGCAGGGGAACGCCCUGGACCCGCUCACGAACACCAUGAUGGGGCAUCUACAGACAGCCAUGUUGGCUGAUAUAGGGUCGGAAACUGGCUGGAAGAAGGACGGGCUGUGGUCCUUUGUCCGCCGCAUCGUCUCUGAAGCGUCCUUCCUCACCAUCUUCGGCAAGCACAAGUCACAGACAGUGGAGCAGGAGCGCGCGCGGCUCAUGGUCGUCAUGGAAACCUUCUGGGACUAUGACAGGAAGUUCCCACAGGUCGUGGCGGGAAUACCGUUCUGGAUGUUGGGGAAAGCUAAGGAACAACGGGAUUUCCUUCUGGCGUUCCUGUCUAAGGAUAACCUGAACCGGAGAGACGUUCUGCAGCUGAUAGAGCAGCGUGACGAGGUGUUCUGUGGAGGCGGGCUGAGCGGGAAGGAGCUGGCAGGCGCGCACUUCUCCACUGUGUGGGCCUCACUGAGCAACACUCUACCCACGGCCUUCUGGACACUCUUCCACCUCCUACAGGAUCCUGUCGCCAUGGCUGCAGUCAGGAGGGAGGUGGAGACGGCGUUGAAGGAAACAGGACAGACUGUGACCGGAUUCCGGGAUGGAGGGGAGAAAAUAGACUUCACCAGACAACAACUAGCCGACAUGACCUGCCUCGGGAGUGUUGUGAACGAAGCUCUGCGCGUGAGCAGUGUCUCCAUCGUUCUCCGCCAAGCUUUGGAGGAAACCACAAUAGCCCUUAACUCCGGCAGUACCUUCAAGAUCCGCAAGGGAGACAGGGUGGCGCUGUUCCCACAAAUCGUUCACAUGGACCCAGAAGUCUAUGAGGAUCCAGAGACCUUUAAGUACGACCGCUAUCUGGAAAACGGUAAGGAAAAGACAACCUUCUACAAGAACGGCAAGAAGUUACGUCACUAUCUCAUUCCGUUUGGCAUCGGAACUUCCCGCUGCCCAGGUCGUUUCUUCGCCGUCAACGAAAUCAAACAGUUCGUCUCUCUCAUCGUCUGCUACUUCGACAUGGAGUUGAUUGACAAGGAGACUCCGCCCCUGGACCAGUCCAGGACCGGCCUUGGUGUCCUCCCGCCGAAAACCGACCCAAUGUUCCGCUACAAGAUCAAGUAACAAUCAAUCAAUCAUCCAUAGGAACCUGUUGACGCAUGACGACUGUAGACUUGUCUAAUGAUCUGUAGACAUCACAAAAUGACCAAGUAGCCUUUUUCGUUCAUUUCCUUUGAUCCAUCAUCAUGACCUUGCACUCAUUUCCCUUUCCUCUAAAUGUUUUCCAUUUCAAUCAGACUUUUAAAAGUGUUUAUGCUACACCUGAAUCCCUGGAGAAGGAGACUUCGAUCUGUUAGUACCCGGCCGUCUUUCCUCAGCCAAUCAGCAGCAGGGAUUUCUUGUGACUAAUAAAUCCACUUAGCGCACA